UCGAGAUCGCCGCAUUAAGUUGUCAAAAUUUGUGAGAAUAGGAAGUGCGUGACAGUUCAGUACGAUUCGAGACAAAGCAGCGAGACUCCAGCCCAGCCAUCAGAUCCAGCUCAGAGAUAUAGCCAGAAUCGGAAUCAGAAUCACAAUCAGAAUCAGAAACUGGCAAUAGUAUCAGCUAACGCCCAGAUCGGAUCACAUCGGAGCGGGACUCGGGUGGACAAUCGACAGGAAUCAAGCACUCGCACUCCGCCCUCGCAAUCGACCUAUCAAUUCCUAUGGAAAUCCAUAUCAAAACAAAUUAAACGGCUGCCACGGUUACCAUGCAAAUUUAUCCGAUCGUAAUCGGAAUUUCAAUCACCAUCACAAUCCGUAACGCGAGCGACCUGCUAAUAGUUUAAUUUGCGGCCAUAAAUAACAACACAAGAAUUAAUUGAUUUUCGUCAUAAAUCAAUAAAUAACUAACCAACUAGCCAGCCGUUCAAUCAAGUGCAACCCGUUGAAAGGAGGGGGAUACAAAAUCAAAAUCAAAAUCAGAUCGAGCCGGAGCUAAAUUUUUUUGGGUGCUGAAAUGAAACUAUUUACCAACAAAAACCAGCGCAAUGCAAAGCUGCUGCGCAGCGCCGCCCUCGGGAUGACCCUGCUGUUCUUCGGUUCCCUGGUGAUCAUCUCGGAUCCUCUUCAGAGCAUCCUGGACACGCAAUUGAGCUUGAAACCCGGCGCCCUGCUCCAUCGACUUUGGCUUCUGCCACCGUUGGACGUGUACAUCAAUGUGUACAUGUUCAACUACACCAAUGUGGAUGAGUUCACGUCGGGCAGGGCAUCCAAGUUGCAGAUCCAGGAGGUGGGUCCCUACGUCUACAAGGAGGUCUUGAGCAACCACAAUGUCACCUACAAUGAGUCCAACAAUACCAUCACCUAUACGCCCAAACGGGAGUAUGUCUUCGCACCGGAAAGAUCCGUGGGUGAUCCUAAGGUCGAUCGCAUCCGGGCGCCCAACAUCCCACUGAUGGGAGUGACCACUCUGGCCUCCAGUCUAUCGAUGUUCGCCGCCCUGGGACUGAGUGCUAUUACCAGGCAGCUGAACUCGCAGCCGAUGCUGGAGAUGAGUGUCCACGACUACAUGUGGGGCUACGAGGAUCGCCUGGUGGAACUGGCCUCUCGGUUCGUGCCCAGUUGGAUUGACUUCUCCAGCUUUGGCAUUAUGGAGAAGCUCUUCCGAGAGGGAAAUGAGACCAAUGUGUUCAACAUGAACUUGCCGGAACCCAAGGACAAAUAUGGUGUGAGGAUGACGGAUGCCCCACGUGGUUACACCGUGGAUAGCAUUAAUGGAGAGCGCGGCUUCAAGGGUUGGCAGUACAACGAGGAGACCAAUGGCACCAUGUGCAAUCGCAUCUGGGGCAGUCAUGAUGCCACGCUCUUUCCGCUGGACAUGGAUGAGAAUGACGAGUUCUUCCUGUACAGGCGAACCUUCUGCCGCAGGCUGCCGGUGAAGUUCAAUCGCACCACCACCUAUAAUGGCCUCGAUGCCUUCGAGUUCGUGAUGGAGCCGGACUCCUUUGACAGCGAGAUGGACAACGCCAACUCCUCGUGCUACUGCAAGAACAACCGCUGCCUCAAGAAGGGUGUUGGCAGCGUGUCGCCCUGUUACUACAACAUUCCCUUGGCCAUUACGUAUCCGCAUUUCAUGCAUGCCGAUCCCAGUCUGCUGGAGCCAUUCGAAGGCCUGCAGCCGAAUGAGUCGCGCUUCACCUCCACCUUCGUGGUGCAACCGCAAUUGGGAGCUCCGAUGCAGGGCACCCACCUGCGCUUGCAGGCCAACCAGGUGGUGGGCAAGGUGAACUUCAACCGGAUGAUGGCGCCCUUCGAGAACAUGAUCCUGCCGCUGCUGUGGGUGGACCUGAACAUUGAUGUCCUUUGCCUGAGCCUGCGUCUGCUCAUCCAUGGCAUCAAGUGGGGCUUCCCGCUGCUGCAGUGGAGCGCUGCUUUGGGAAUGCUGCUGGCCGGCGUUUACCAGCUGUGCAGCGCCCUGUUGCUCUGCUUUUGGCCAACAGCCAAGCAGUUCCAGAAGGUGGAUCAAGUGGAACGCGGCACGGCGGUUCAGGUGAUUGGAGUUGGACUCAGUUUGGCCACCGGACUGCGAAAACCCUCGGUUCCUCUGGACCCUGAGGAGCAGCACCAUUUGCUCUUUGGCGGCGGCAGCUACAUUCCCAAGAUGGCCAAGACGUAAACCGGCGGAGGAUUGAAAUGCUUACCUCAACUCAAAACGGGGCAACACUGUGAUAUUUAGGCUUAAGAUUCGGUGUAAAUUAUUGUGCUCAUCGGAAACAACUUAGGGAACGUCCUUGCCUACGUACUAGUUAACGAUUACUAUAUGUUAAGCUAGGGCUACAGUUAGAGUGGUAACAGUAAGCAAUAUACAGCUGAGCUUGCACUCGAUAAAUACAGGUCGAAACCUAUGUAAACUA